CCCCCGCCCCUGCACCCCUUUCCCCCGCAGCGCGGUGGCCGACCAGCUCCAGCAGUCGGCAGAGCGGGCGCGCGCCAGGGUCGCGCGGCUGCCGAGGGGUGCGGGCGCGCGCAGGAGGAGUGGAGGCGUAGGGGGCGAGGGACCGCUCGCUUGCUCGCAAGAUGGCGGACGAGGACGGGGAAGGGAUUCACCCCUCAGCCCCUCACCGGAAUGGAGGCGGCGGCGGGGGUUCUGGGCUCCACUGCGCCGGGAACGGCGGCGGGGGAAGCGGCGGCCCGCGGGUCGUGCGCAUCGUCAAGUCUGAGUCCGGCUACGGCUUCAACGUGCGGGGCCAAGUGAGCGAGGGCGGGCAACUGCGGAGCAUCAACGGGGAGCUGUACGCGCCGCUGCAGCAUGUGAGCGCCGUGCUGCCCGGGGGGGCGGCCGACCGGGCCGGGGUGCGCAAGGGGGACCGCAUCCUGGAGGUGAACGGCGUGAAUGUUGAGGGGGCGACACACAAGCAGGUGGUGGACCUGAUCCGAGCAGGCGAGAAGGAAUUGAUCUUGACAGUGUUGUCUGUACCUCCUCAUGAGGCUGAUAACCUAGACCCCAGUGACGACUCCUUGGGACAGUCAUUUUAUGAUUACACAGAAAAGCAAGCAGUGCCCAUAUCGGUUCCCACAUACAAACAUGUGGAGCAGAAUGGUGAGAAGUUUGUGGUAUACAAUGUUUACAUGGCAGGGCGGCAGCUGUGUUCUAAGCGGUACCGGGAGUUUGCCAUCCUGCACCAAAACCUGAAAAGAGAGUUUGCCAACUUUACUUUUCCUCGACUUCCAGGAAAGUGGCCGUUCUCAUUAUCAGAACAACAAUUAGAUGCCCGGCGUCGGGGGUUGGAAGAAUAUCUAGAAAAGGUGUGUUCAAUCCGAGUCAUUGGUGAGAGCGACAUCAUGCAGGAAUUUCUGUCUGAAUCUGAUGAGAAUUACAAUGGUGUAUCUGAUGUAGAGCUGAGAGUUGCCUUGCCGGAUGGAACAACAGUUACCGUCAGGGUUAAAAAGAACAGUACUACAGACCAAGUAUACCAGGCUAUUGCAUCAAAGGUUGGCAUGGACAGUACAACAGUGAAUUACUUUGCCUUAUUUGAAGUGAUCAAUCAUUCCUUUGUACGUAAGCUGGCACCUAACGAAUUUCCUCAUAAACUCUACGUCCAGAAUUAUACGUCAGCUGUGCCAGGCACCUGCCUGACUAUUCGCAAGUGGCUUUUCACAACAGAAGAAGAGGUCCUCUUAAAUGACAAUGACCUUGCUGUUACAUACUUCUUUCAUCAGGCUGUUGAUGAUGUAAAGAAAGGUUACAUUAAAGCAGAGGAGAAGUCUUACCAGUUACAGAAGCUAUAUGAACAAAGGAAAAUGGUCAUGUACCUCAACAUGCUAAGAACUUGUGAGGGCUACAAUGAAAUCAUUUUCCCGCACUGUGCCUGUGAUUCCAGGAGGAAGGGGCAUGUUAUCACAGCCAUCAGUAUCACGCACUUUAAACUUCAUGCCUGCACUGAAGAAGGGCAGCUGGAGAACCAGGUAAUAGCGUUUGAAUGGGAUGAGAUGCAGCGAUGGGACACAGAUGAAGAAGGAAUGGCCUUCUGUUUUGAAUAUGCACGAGGAGAGAAGAAGCCUCGAUGGGUUAAAAUCUUCACACCAUAUUUCAAUUACAUGCAUGAAUGCUUUGAGAGGGUGUUCUGCGAGCUCAAGUGGAGAAAAGAGGAAUAUUAGUUAGAGACUGAUUAUCCCAUGUGAGCAGGACAUUCUCCCAGCGAAGCUGGCCUCUGGACGGUGAAGGGGCUAUGCGAAAAAAGCCCAACUUCUUCCCUUGUAAGAGGGUGGACACUGGCUGCAGGCUCUCCCAUCUCUCAUGACUUCAUGGACCCUCUUCUGCCUGUUUGUUUGAUUUUUGUUGUUGUUGUUUGUUUUUUUAAUCAAAUAACCCUCCAUGCUGUUCCUGACCCAGGAGAGCACCUGUCCUGAGUUUUAGCCAUCUGACUGGACAAGUCACAGUAGAGUCUUUCUUCACUAACCAAGAACAUAUAUGUGGGGGACAUUUUUACUACUGUUGUUUAUAGGUGUCAGUGCUGGAGCAGAAUUUUGGAGACUGUCUAAAUACUUAGCUACUUAUUCUCAAAGAAAAUCAGAAAAUCGAGAGGUCCAGUCAGUCACGUAGAAGCUGAUGUUCUUGCUGUAGUAGAAAGAACGCUGGUCUCUGAAGGUCAUCUGGGAUUUCUCCUGCUUGUUUUACGUGUGAUUUUGGGCAAAGCAACCUCCUUAAAUCUGAAUUGUCUCUUUUGUAACACAGGAAGACUAAGCCAGGUGGUACAUACUCAGAGUCCUCUAAGAGGCUGUGGUUGUGGAUGGGAAGUUGGAUCAGGUUGUCAGCCCAGUGUGGUGCUCCAGUUCUGUGUGAGGGUUGUCUCCAAGUCGGAGACCAUACUGCUCCUCAGUAACUCUUCUUUUUUUUUUUCUUUCCUUUCAGAAUAUUUUCCAGAUGGUGAGGUCACAGUAGAGGGGUGUGGCCACCUAGCCUUUCCUCACCCCUCUCCCUUCUCCUUGCCCUCAUCCUCCCUCUCCCUUCUCCUUGCCCUCAUCCUCUUAGCCUUUCCGUCUCCCAUGUCAGACAAUAACCUUUAACACAAAAAAAGAAAAAAGUCAUCAUAUCCCAAAGACCUAAGCUAAAUCUUAUAAUAACUUCCUGUGAAUUUUAAGUGUUUGGAACUGAGCUGGUAGAGGAACAGCAGGUUGAUAAUGCCAGAAGUCCACUGAGAUCGGACAGAAAUUAGCCCAGCCAACUCGCCAAAGGCAUCUUUGUGUUUUACCCAGGCCUCAGACGAACAGACUCUCCUUGUACUAUAUUUUUAAAACUGGAACUAUGAACUCCAUCCAUUUGCACUGUUUAAGCAUAUAUAUGUAUGUAUGUAAAAAAUUAUAUAUACACAAAUUAGCUGCACGUAUAUACAUAUAUAUAUUUCUUUUUAAAUUUCAUAUUGAUGGCAGUACCUUUUUUAGCUUGUGUUUUUACACACCUGAAUUCAUGACCUCUCUCUUGCUCUCUUUAUUUUGAAACAAACUUUAAAAAGGAAAAAAAAAUUACAGGGAAAAUACCUCUCCUCAUGAAGGACUCGAGAAGUUUACAACCUGCUUGGGUUUUCCCCCUCUUUUGUGUUGAAUACAGUUUCUGGCUGUGGGUUUGCCAUAGAGUCUGAGGAGCAAGGACUGUAGUGUCUUUAUUUUCAAGAGGAUGCUGAGGAAAAAGGCUGUUUCUCAAGAGCAACAAAGCUUCGGGUCUGCAGGGAGUCUAAACGCCUCUAGUCUCAAUUCCACGUCAUUUUCCUGGUCCACUGCUCCCACUUACGACUUACUAGUCCAUUCUGCACCCCUUCCUGUUUCUUUGGGGACUUUAAAUGCUUCCUUUCAACUGGCCCAAAACAGAGUUCAGAGUAGUUUAAGGAAGCUGUUAUUAUAGGAAAUGGAACACUUUUCUUCUGUGAUACAGAUAGUAUUAGGAGUAAAACUUGACGUCCAAGGCACAAAGACUGGACAUAAGGAGGGAAAGAAGGAAGCAUGCCUUGUAUUUUAAGGUUUUACCUCUUCCAUUCCUGUCCAUUAACUGUCAAGAUUUUACAUCCUCCAUGACUUCCAUAAACAGUUGUGUGGGGAGGAAGUGGCUUGGGUAAACUUAAGAGUCUGUGUCUCUGCCAACCAAAUCAUAGGCCUGUUCAUGCCAGCUGAGGGCCCAGGAAGAAGUGGGAAUAUGGUCGAUUUAGCUGACCACCACUUUUUUACUACAAAGGAGACUGAAGAGAAAUCUCUCAAAGACUUCUUCAUCUGGAGCUGGGUCUGGGCCUAGGGCUGCGGCUGGACCUGGGCCUGGGUCUCAGUGGGUAGAAUGUUUGCCUAGCACGCAUAAAGCCCUGAGUUUCACCCCCAGCACCAUAUAAAACUUGGCUGUGGUAGUGCUCACCUGUAAUCUCAGCACUUAGGAGGGGAAAGCAGGAAGAUCAGAAUUUUCAAGUCCACCCUCUGCUACAUAAUGAGUUCAAGGCUAUCCUGGAUCACAUGAGUCCCUGUCCCAAAAGUAGAAGAGUCCCUUAUCUGCUGCAUUUAGACUUCCUAGAGCCUAAAAGCUAUAUGAGGUAGAGGCCAGCCUGGCACUAGGGCAGUAUUCUCAGAUCUUGAGUUCUUACGUAAAGAACACUUAGGUCAGGUAGAACUAAAACAUUCAUCUUUGAAACUCCUUUCCUACUUUACCUUCCAAAUUGAAGCCUCUGCAGGCUGGCAUCCUUAGGUUCAUAUAGCUGGAGGCCAGCCAGAAUUGAGUGUGUUUGGCAGUGUUGGCUGUGGUUUAAAGUUUCUUUCAUACCUUAAGUUUUGCAGAACAUUAUGAGGCUACUUUUAUGGCUCUAUUAUUUUGACAGCUGCUUGUCCCAGGAAAGUGUGAACCUUUUAGGACAGCCCGUCCCUUCCCCCUCCAAACCUGUAGAACCACAAAGUACAAAAUAUAAGAAUGUUGAGUGUUUAAGUUGAAGAAGGUGAUGCCUGAUUUGCAGGCUUUAAUCCAGGAUCAACCCUCCUUUUGGCUUUAAUAUAAUGAGUCUGAGUACCUUAAGAGUAGGUGCAUUGAUUUUUCACUCCAACAUGCUCUGGAAGCCAGCUUUGUUCAAACAGUAGAAAUAGCAUGCACCAGUGUGCCUCCAUCCACUCAGCAGGAGAGACAUGAACAAACUGGAGAGUCUACACUACAGCCUUCCAGAGUGGAGACAGGGCUUUGGAGGUCCCGAAGAGUGAGCCCCAACAUGUUGGCCUCUUAACAGAAUCUGUGCAGGAGCAGCCUACUUUAGGCAGUCUUGCUACCAAAACCCACAUCUCCAGCAGGGAGAUGGGAAAAGGGAGACCCGAAAGGCUCACAGUGGGUCUCCAGUCAUGGAGGCAGUGAUCACUGUGGCCAGGAGCCCACAGGAUCAAGCCCUUUUGCAUGAAGCAGUGUUAGAUGUAACUCUACUCCAUCUCCCAUCCCCUCCACUUCUUUCCUUUAAUCCCCACUGUUUCUUAUUCCUGGCUUCUGCCUAGGGAGGCAUGUACCGCGUCUUCCUUGCCAGUUUUGUCUCUGGGAAAGGGAUUUCCCCUCCCCAGCUUCACCCCAGCAGGAUCCCCGGUCUCCAGUUGUUUCCUCCAUUGGGUUUCUGUUCUCUGACACAAAAACUCAGAGAUUUUUAUGGAGCAGGAAAAUAUUUAGGCCCUGAGAAACCUGGCCCUGUAGGAAGCUUUACUUGCACAGUGCUUUGAGCUUGCUGGUUUUUGUAUUUUUAUCCUGGUCUCCACUUUUCUGCCUUCCCUUUGGCGAGACCUAAGCUCAGCACAGAUAUGUUAGUGCUCAAGGCAGCUACGAGGCCUGGACAGAGCUCUCAGGGAGGAAUGAGGCAAAUAUUCCAGUAUCCUCUUACCUGGCCCAUUUAAUUUUAUCCUUUAGUUACCUGGGCCAUUAGCUUUGCAUAAUCCCCUUUUAUAGCUCCAAACUCUGAAGCAUCCAAAUAGGGCACUGAUUAGAGGGGACACCUCUCUCUCUCAGAAUUUCCAGCUUAAGGGCCAGCUCCUAGAAAGCAGUUCGCUUCCAGUUGACCUGAAGUCUCCAGGACUCAGGACCUCUGUGCCCUCCUGUCAUUAUGCUGUCUAGAGGGAUGGCCUCAGCACACUGCUGCUCCUUCACCAGUUUUAUGAGUUGCUUUAACUUCUUGGAGGAGGGACAGAGUGGCUGAAUACUUACAGCUAGUGGGAGGGAGAAUGCAUCUUUAGUCCUUCAUCUUGGGAUCCUCUCAAUCUAACCCUGAGCGAAUCUGCCAGGCCUUCUUUACCCGGGUAACAACAGCUUCUUCCUCAGCGGUAACUGAGGGAGCACGGAAAUCAGUUGGGCUCUGGGGAGGAACAAGACUGAAGAGGGACUGGUUACUGGCAGGAGCACUUGGCCAGCUGCUAAACAUGGUUGCCAACUUGAUAUCAUGCCCCUUUUAAGCUGGUGAGCUGGGCUUCAGUUUUUCCCAGGCCAUGCACACUUUUAAUUUAUUUGAGAGAAACUAAUUGUAUUUUCACUGCAGUAUCUUGUAUUUUUAUUUGUGAUUUAUGAAAUGUGAAGAGAAAAUGCAGAGAGCACACUGGCUCCAGUGUUCUCCAGCCCCUGCUCUAGCGCUAACCACUCUAAGACUGUCUGGUGAUGUUACUUAGUGUAAUUAAUUGUAACAUAUUCUUUUAAAUAAAUUGAUUUAUUGAUGAAACAA